GAAGCGGGCUGCUGGGGUUCGGCAAGCGGACUCCUGUGCUGGACCUGAGGGCUGGACCUGGGCUGGCUGCAGCUCAGGUGUGGGUUCUGAGUCUGGAAGCCGAGGUUGCAGGAAGAUGGGGCAGGCUGCUAGGUGCCCGUCUCCGUGAGGGACUCUAAGGGAUGGUCCAGGUCAAUCAAGUUCUGUGCAGUCUUUCUGGCAUUCUCGCAUCUCAAAAGACUGAAAGUGAAGGCAAAUGGAUGUUGGUGAGUACCCUAUGGCAACAAUUGCUUCGUUUCACUGCUCCAGCGUCAACUGUAACCCGGAAGCCACCUUUAGUGAUUUUUUGUAGGUCAGUCCUGCUUCUGGGAUCCUACUUUAUGUUGUGGUUAAGAAAUGCUUCACACCACUCAGCUCGAGUCUCAAGACAAAUGUGCUUUCACUGUAAAUAAAGAUUUCCGUGGAUGCGAAGAAUGAAGAGGAAUCAUUUCUCUGCCGUGAAUAACGCUGUCCCGUCUUCACCAGUGGUGAAGCAGCCCAGACGUGGGCUCCGCCUUUCUCUCCCCCACGCUCAUGUGCUCCCUGUUCUUCCAGACUGGGGGACUCUACCGCAGCACGUGAUAUUACACAUCUUCCAGUAUCUCCCUUUAAUAGACCGAGCCCGCGCGUCUUCUGUGUGUAGGAGCUGGAAUGAAGUGUUUCACGUCCCUGAUCUCUGGAAGAAGUUUGAGUUUGAGCUGAACCGGUCAGCCACUUCCUAUUUUAAGUCCACUCAUCCUGAUCUCAUCCAGCAGAUCAUCAGGAAGCACGCUGUGCACCUGCAGUAUGUCAGCUUGAAGGUUGAUAGUAGUAUUGAGUCAGCGGAAGCCGCCUGUGAGAUUCUCUCUCAGCUGGUAAAGUGCUCCAUCCAGACCCUGGGGUUGAUUUCCACAGCCAAACCAAGCUUUAUGAAUGUGCCAAAGUCUCAUUUUGUGUCAGCACUUACAGUUGUGUUUGUCAACUCAACGUCGUCGUCAUCAGUUAAGAUCGGAGAUGCGCCUGUGGACCAUCCCUCACUGAAGAUUCUCGUGGCCAACAGUAGUGACACUCUGCGACUCCUAAAAAUGAGCAGCUGUCCUCAUGUUUCGUCUGAUGGGACCCUCUGUGUGGCAGACUACUAUCAGGGCCUCCGAGAGCUGGCGUUGAAUUACUACAUUCUGAGCGAUGAGCUGCUCCUUGCGCUGUCAAGUGAGACUCACGUGAACCUCGAACAUCUCCGAAUAGAUGUUGUGAGUGAAAACCCUGGGCAGAUCCAGUUCCACUCCAUUAAAAAACACAGUUGGGAUGCGCUGAUGAAACACUCUCCGGGGGUCGGUGUUGUCAUGUACUUCUUCUUAUAUGAAGAGGAGCUUGAGACAUUCUUCCAAGAAGAGACCCCCGUCACUCACGUUUACUUCGGGCGUUCAGUGAGCAGGGCCAUUCUAGGCCGGAUAGGUGUGCACUGCCCACGGCUGGUUGAGUUAGUGGUGUGUGCCAAUGGCCUUCAGCCCCUGGACAGUGAACUUAUUGGCAUUGCUGAGCACUGUCAAAACCUGACAGCCUUGGGCCUGAGCGAGUGUGAGGUCAACUGCAGUGCCUUCGUCGAGUUUGUACGACUCUGUGGCCGAAGGCUCACCCAGCUGUCAAUCAUGGAGGAGGUUCUGGUCCCUGAUGACAAUUACACCCCUGACGAAGUUCACACUGAAGUCUCUAAGCACCUGGGAAGAGUGUGGUUCCCGGAUGUGAUGCCUAUCUGGUAACCAGCUGCCAAAGGUUCCGAAUUCUCUGUUAGUAGGAUUAGUUAUUGUCUGUCCAUGUAAAUGUAAUUUUUGAGAUGAGCCACUUAACUGUGUUAGGUUAAAUAUUUGCUGUUUGCCAAAUCUCUUAAUUGGUUUCUGUAGAAUCAUUUGAAAACAAUAUAGCAAAUUUAAAUAGCCAGAAGUUUUUGUCAGUAGGACACAGACACUGUGUGUUAAUUAGAGCAUUGGUAGGGUUAGACUACAGGUGUCCAAGGCUGAGAGAGACUUCCAUUUCUCAACCUUUGGAGGCAUGUUUAGCUUACUAAGAAACUUAUACUAAAUUUAUAAUUAAUAUGUAAUUACAAUUUACAGUAUUAGAUCCCUUUAAGUUAUGUAUUUUUAUGUUACAACCUCAUGUUAUUUUAAUUUCAUCUGUUUCAUUUGGUAUCAAUAUGUUUUACAAAGCGCAUACUGUUAAAAAUUAAGGUACCAUUAUAGAGGUGUGUGUCAUUGUACUUAAAAUCUUUUUGGCAUUUUGUGAUUUAUUUAUUAGUAAACAACUUUGAUUUCUAGAGUAUUUUAAAUUCAUUUUUAGAUAAACUUGGAAGGCAAUUAGUAUUAUGUUAAAAUCCAGUAGUGCUAAUUCAUUUCAUAAAAUACAGCAAAUAGAAGGUACUGUGUUUAUUAAUUGAAUACCCGGUGUGGGUACAGAGGUGAAUUUUGCAGGAUGUGUUUGGAAAUCAGUGUUUACUGGCCUGCUGCUGUUGGUCUGGGACUGUGCCAUGUCCUUCGCCUAUGUGGCCUGUCAUCUGAUUAGUCACACUGGUGACGUCCUUCUCCAGCUUGUCCUUAGGAUGAAGAUGUCGUCUGAGCAGUUGCCUGGGUGCCCUGUGCCAUUUCCUGCCACUGUGCCCGCCCUUUGCCCACUUCUCUCCUUCUCUGUCCCUCCCACUUCUCUGCCCUCUGCUACCACAGGCAUCUCUCCGAGAUCUCUCUGCUGGCUCCCUCUGUGCUCCCCCAGAUCUUUCUUUCCCCUGUGGCACUUCCGAGGGGAAGUCGUCCUUGACACCUUCCCAGCUCCUGGGUCAGACCCUUUGCUCACAUCCUGAGUACUCUGCUUCCUUUGUAACGCCCACUGCUAUGUGUGUAUGAUCUGCUUGUCUCAUUAUGACCUGUGCACUUCAUUGUGUCAUAAACUCCCCGGUACAAGAUCACUGCUCUGUGUGUGUGAGUGUGUGUGUGUGUGUGUGUGUGUGUACAGUUAUUAGAAGUCAGCUUUCAAAAAGAGAAACAUGCUUAUUAUUUUUCAGUUUUGGCGAGUAUCCUCACCUAUUAAGCAAUUAGGACCCACUGUAGUUUGUAAACAGUUUGGAAGUAGACUGUCCUUCCUCAUUCAUUCUCAUGGUGAGCUCUGAGACAGGUGACUUACGGUCACGUGUAUUCCUUGCUCUAAGAGCUGUGCGUUGUCUUGGGUAACAAUACUAAAACCUUUCUCGAGGUCAGAGUUCUUAGUAUUGCAGAUAAUAUCAUUUAUACCUAAGACCCAGAAAGGUGUGCCGUAAUUGAAAACUUGAAAUCUAAUCAGGGCAACACCACCACAGGCAUAAGAGAAAUGGCUUCACUAUGAUGGAGGCAGGGGCAGGGUAAAGGAAAUACCGAGUAGAUAAACCUAUGGGCUCACUUGCUGUUGCCUUAGUGAGAUAAUGUUGUGCACACCUGCUAGCAAGGUGACCGGGUACCAGUGGGUGCACACCUGCAUAGCAGGUGCCAGUGGUGUGCACACCUGCAUAGCGAGGUGACCUGGCCCCAGUGGUGUGCACACCUGAAUAGCGAGGUGACCUGGCCCCAGUGGUGUGCACACCUGCAUAGCAAGGUGACUGGGUACCAGUGGUGUGCACACCUGUAUAGCAAGGUGACCAAUUGCCAGUGGUGCUUGCCCUAGAGGCUAAGGGAGCAGAACAUUGGGAUUAGAGAAAGGACACCAAGGAAUGGUUUUCCCUACAGCCGGUUGCAUCGGAAGAGGAAGACACUGGGCCCUCUGAGAAGUAUGAGAUACUGUGCUCUAAGUAGAGCUUUUUAGGCUCCUGUGGGAACCUCAUGAACUCAACGAUGUAAUGCGUCAUGGUGGUCGACGUUUAUUAAUUCAUGUCCAUUCUCCCUGGUUGCUCACCUCCUGGGUUAGUGAAAGGAAGGGAAAAGAUUUUAAAGCAGCCGAGAACAAUACAAGAAAAUGCUGUAUCUGUAGUGUCUCCCCAUGGACGCCUCCCCAUGUCCUUUGGAAGCCCGUGAGUUCUGCUUUGCCUAUGGUCAGAAAACCUGGCUAGAUGAGUGAGUUUCGUACAGAUGGGUCAUAAACGUUAGUGUUGAGAGCAUUUUAGUCCUGUUUGCAUGCUUGUUCGUGUUAAAAUACUUGUGUUUGUUGGAGGAUUUGGGGAACUUUCAGAUAAUUUUGUGGGCAAAAGUAAGUGGAG